GUUCCUCAAUGCGCACUAUCAAUCAUUAUAGUACUAGAAUGGCGACUGCUGCGUGCGGUCGUCAGUGUAAAACAGGCGGUAAUACUGCCAAAUCACAAAAAGAACACCUGCGAAAAGGUAAAGACUCACAACGGAGACAGGCGGCUCUUUCUUUCUUGAACAACAUAUCUCUAGACGGACGACCUUUAUAUCAUCUCAGCAAUGGAAACCUCGGUCAAAGGGACGCCGCCGAGCUCCGAAGUCGAGACGCCGCCGGGGCACAGGCGAUUGGACACCCUCAAUUUUCACCGUGCACCUACGGAACCUUCCCCCAUGUAUCACCCUACUUGGCCGGUGGCGCUGCUACUACUGUGGCGGGGAUUGGGGGACUGAGCCCAGUCCUACCUAAUUUGGGUAUGUCUACAGACACGGACGCAAGUGUUGCUGUGGGGUGCCGUGAGGUGUUGUUUGAGGGUGUAGACACUAUAGUACCCCCAGAUACCUCCCUGUCCCCCAUUUCUGGACCUCAGACCUUCAAUCCAAUUGCCAAAUCGCCAUCUGUGCUCCUGACUCUGAAUUCCGUGCCGGGGGAUACACGUCAAAGAUCACGGAAUCAUUCGGGCUCUCCAGGACCCGCAAGGGUGGCCAAGAAGGUCCACUUUAUCAAGAGUAUGAGGCAAUAUGACACAAGAGGCAGCAGGAUUAUGCUGAUUUGUGCCAAGCGGUCUCUAUGUGCUGCUUUCUCAGUGCUGCCCUAUGGAGAAUGUAUUCACCUCAGUGACCCAAAGCUGGAGGCUCAGAGACAACGGCUGUCCUCUGGGGUUGCCUCUGACCUGUUCCCUGGCCUGGAGGGCCUUGGGGUGGAGCUAGGGGCAUAUGGAAAGACGGUAUCGUACGCCCGAUUCCUUUUCCCAACUAAUGCCCUGGUGAGGUCGAAGAGCAGUGGACCACUAGAGCCCAGCACAACACAGACACCCCUGUCCCGUUACCGAGGCAAUGGCCAGAAGAACUACACCAACCCGUCUCGACUCAACAGCACCAUAGGACAGGACCCAAGUAUAGAAGACCUGGCAGACUAUGAUCCCUACCUACUCAGUGACCCUCAGUGGCCUUGUGGGAGACACAAGAGAGUUCUUAUAUUUGCAUCCUAUAUGACGACUGUUAUUGAGUAUGUGAAGCCGUCGGACCUGAAAAAAGACAUGAAUGAGACGUUCAAGGAGAAGUUCCCCCAUAUCAAACUGACCCUCAGCAAGAUAAGAAGCCUGAAGCGGGACAUGCGUGCGGUGGGAGAGGAGUGCAGUCUGCAGCCAGUCACGGUGGCCAUGGCCUUUGUGUACUUUGAGAAGCUGGUGCUGCAGGGCCGCCUGAACAAGCAAAACAGGAAGCUGGUGUCUGCUGCCUGCGUCCUGCUGGCAGCCAAGAUCAGCAGUGAUCUGAAGAAGCAGGAGGUCCGACAGCUGAUUGACAAGCUGGAGGAGCGUUUUCGUAUAAACCGCCGGGAGUUGAUUCCAUUGGAGUUCCCUGUCCUGGUUGCCUUGGAGAUGGGGCUCUACCUCCCUGACAGCAAGGUCAUGCCGCACUACCGCAGGCUGGUGCAGCAGGGCUAGGCUGGAGCCUGGAGGUGGCCUGAAUCACUGGCCUUGGGCCAGUUUGGAUAUUUAAGUCCUGGUGAUAUUGAUUGGAAAUGCUGAUCCUGGAUCAUCACCUGGAGGGAUGCAUCUUCUUCCCUAGAAUAUGUUUAGGUGUAGCAGGUCAGCCCAGCUGACAUGUCCCUUAUUCAAAUUGGGGGGGGAAAAUGGUUUAGGUGCUCAAUAUUUAUUUUGAAUUGUUCUUUAUCAUGAUAUGACUUGAUAUGACGGAUUAAGAGUAUUUUCCGCAAAGAUAUUGGACUGAUUUUUCUUUGUUUUGAUUCUAAUUGCGUCCACUUGUACCAAACUUAUUUCUGUGGUGUGUAUUGCAUUCUGAUCAAUAUAUAUUUUUUUUAAACCAUGUUGUACAAACAGUACAAGUUAAAUAUUUAUUGAAAAAUAGCUCAAACUGGGUGUGGGGUGGCAUACCAAUGGGGGCGUCUUUAAGUACACACAGAGAGGAGGCUUUGAUGUUGAUGGUUGCCAUAUCAGUUUGAAAUAAUUUAAUUUACUGUCCAAAGGUGCAGAAAAGUCAUUUUUAUGUGUAAAUGGUGCCUGGUGGUGUUGUCUUUGCUCAUUUAUAGCUCAAAUCAGUUUAUUUGUUGCGUACACUGAUUUGCAGAUGUUAUCGCAGGUGCAGCGAAAUGCUUGUUUCUAGUUCCAACAGUGCAGUAAUGUCUAGCAAAACAACACACCCAGAUACAGUACCAGUCAAAAGUUUGGACACCUACUCAUUCAAAGGUUUUUCUUUAUUUUUACUAUUUUCUACAUUGUAUAAUAGUGAAGACAUCAAAACUAUGAAAUAACACAUAUGGAAUCAUGUAGUAACCAAAAAAGUGUUAAACAAAUCAAAUCAAGUAGCCACCUGUUGCCAAGAGUGUGCAAAGCUGUUAUCAUUCUCUCAACCAGCUUCACUUUUCCAACAGUCUUGAAGGAGUUCCCACAUAUGCUGAGAAUUUGUUGGCUCCUUUUCCUACACUCUGCGGUCCAACUCAUCCCAAACCAUCUCAAUUGGGUUGAGGUUGGAUUAUUGUGGAGGCCAGGUCAUCUGAUGCAGCACUCCAUCACUCUCCUUCUUGGUCAAAUAGCCCUUACACAGUCUGGAAGUGUAUUGGGUCAUUGUUCUGUUGAAAGACAAAUGAUUGUCCCACUAAGUGCAAACCAGAUGGGAUGGCGUAUCGCUGCAGAAUGCUGUGGUAGCCAUGCUGGUUAAGUGUGCCUUGAAUUCUAAAUAAAUCACUGACAGUGUCACCAGCAAAGCACCAAGAUGGGAACCACACAUGCAGAGAUCAUCCGUUCACCUACUCUGUGACAAAGACACUGCAUUUUGAACCCAAAAUCUCAAAUUUGAGAAGGACCGAUUUCUACCUGUCUAAUGUCCAUUGCGCAUGUUUCUUGGCCCAAGCAAGUCUCUUCUCAUUGUUGUCCUGUAGUAGUGGUUUCAUUGCAGCAAUUUGACCAGGGCCUGAUUCACUCAGUCUCCUCUGAACAGAUCAUGUUGUGUCUGUUACUUGAACUGUGAAGCAUUUAUUUGGACUGCAAUUUCUGAGGCUGGUAACUCUCUAAUGAACUGAUCCUCUGCAGCAGAGGUAACUCUGGGUCUUCCUUUCCUGUGGCGGUCCUCAUGAGAGCCAGUUUCGUCAUAGUGCUUGAUGGUUUUUGUGACUGCACUUGAAGAAACUUUCAA